CCGUUUCCGACCGGUUUAUUUUCGCUCCUCCCGUGUCGGCUGGUUUCUUUCUGGAUUCAACUGCAAUGGCGGAGCAGCAGCAGUUCUACCUCUUACUGGGGAACCUGAUGAGCCCUGAUAACAAUGUCAGGAAGCAGUCAGAGGAAACAUAUGACACCAUCCCUGGAUCAACAAAAGUCACGUUCUUGCUGCAGGCCAUCCGUGAUGCAUCAGCUGCUGAAGAGGUUAGGCAGAUGGCAGCUGUCCUGCUGCGACGAUUGCUAUCCUCAGCAUUUGAAGAGGUCUACCCAGGUUUGACUAUAGAUGUUCAGAUGGCCAUCAAAACAGAGCUGCUUGCCAGCAUCCAAAUGGAUGGUUCUUCCAGUAUUCGUAAGAAGGUCUGCGACGUAGCUGCUGAGCUGGCCCGCAACCUACUUGACGAUGAUGGAAACAACCAGUGGCCAGAAAUUCUCAAGUUCCUGUUUGAAUCUGUUAACUCACAGAAUGUUGCUCUACGAGAGGCUGCACUUCAUAUUUUCUGGAAUUUUCCCGGUAUAUUUGGCAACCAGCAGCAACAUUAUAUGGAGGUUAUUAAGCGCAUGUUGGUGCAGUGUAUGCAAGAUCAGGAGAACCCACAGAUUCGCACCCUGGCAGCACGCGCAACUGCCUCCUUUAUUCUGUCCAAUGAGAGCAACACUGCGCUACUAAAACAUUUCUCUGACCUUCUGCCUGGUAUACUACAGGCUGUUAAUGAAUCCUGUUACCAAGGAGAUGAUGCUGUGUUGAAGUCUCUUGUAGAAAUCGCUGACACUGCACCUAAAUACUUGAGGCCAAAUCUGGAGGCCACCCUACAACUCUGUCUGAAGCUGUGUGCGGAUACCAAUUUGACAAAUAUGCAGAGGCAGCUGGCUCUGGAAGUUAUUGUCACACUGUCUGAGACUGCUGCUGCCAUGCUGAGGAAACACACUGCCAUUGUGGCUCAAAGUGUUCCUCAGAUGUUGUCCAUGAUGGUGGACUUGGAAGAAGAUGAGGACUGGGCAAUGGCAGAUGAACUGGAGGAUGAUGAUUUUGACAGUAAUGCAGUGGCAGGUGAGAGUGCUUUGGACAGAAUUGCCUGUGGCCUUGGAGGAAAAAUUGUGCUCCCCAUGAUUAAACAGCACAUCAUGCAAAUGCUACAAAAUUCUGAUUGGAGGUAUAGACAUGCUGGUCUAAUGGCAUUGUCUGCCAUUGGUGAGGGCUGCCAUCAGCAGAUGGAGACCAUUUUGAAUGAAAUUGUCAGUUUUGUUCUACUUUUCUGCCAGGAUCCUCAUCCCAGAGUCCGAUAUGCUGCCUGCAAUGCUAUUGGUCAGAUGGCCACAGAUUUUGCUCCUACCUUUCAGAAAAAAUUCCAUGACAAGGUUAUUUCUGCCCUGCUACAGACCAUGGAGGAUCAGUCUAACCCACGUGUUCAGGCCCAUGCUGCUGCAGCUCUAAUUAACUUCACAGAGGACUGCCCCAAAGCUCUCCUCAUUCCAUACCUGGACAAUCUGGUUCAGCACCUCCAUGUUAUUAUGGUUGCCAAACUCCAGGAGCUGAUUCAGAAGGGCACCAAGCUGGUGCUGGAGCAGGUGGUGACCUCUAUUGCGUCUGUGGCCGACACAGCGGAGGAGAAAUUUGUUCCUUACUAUGACCUUUUCAUGCCCUCCCUUAAACACAUUGUAGAGAAUGCUGUACAGAAGGAGCUUCGUCUGCUCAGAGGGAAGACCAUUGAGUGCAUCAGCCUGAUUGGGCUGGCUGUGGGCAAAGAGAAGUUCAUGCCUGACGCCUCAGCAGUAAUGCAGUUGCUUCUAAAAACACAGACUGACUUUAAUGACCUGGAAGAUGAUGACCCACAGAUCUCUUACAUGAUCUCAGCCUGGGCCAGGAUGUGUAAGAUCUUGGGGAAAGAGUUCCAGCAGUACCUGCCUGUGGUUAUGGGCCCACUUAUGAAAACGGCGUCAAUCAAGCCUGAAGUAGCCCUUUUGGACACUCAGGACAUGGAAAAUAUGUCUGAAGAUGAUGGUUGGGAGUUUGUGAAUCUGGGAGACCAACAGAGCUUUGGAAUAAAGACUGCUGGAUUAGAAGAAAAGGCUACAGCUUGUCAGAUGCUGGUCUGUUACGCUAAGGAGCUGAAGGAAGGUUUUGUGGAGUAUACAGAGCAGGUCGUUAAGCUGAUGGUCCCUUUGCUGAAAUUUUACUUCCAUGAUGGUGUGCGAGUUGCUGCUGCUGAGUCCAUGCCUCUAUUGUUGGAAUGUGCUCGUGUGAGAGGCCCAGAGUACCUCACUCAGAUGUGGCAUUUCAUGUGUGAUGCUCUUAUUAAGGCUAUUGGCACUGAACCUGACUCAGACGUGUUGUCAGAAAUCAUGCACUCCUUUGCUAAGUGCAUCGAGUUAAUGGGAGAUGGCUGUCUAAACAAUGAGCACUUUGAGGAGUUGGGAGGCAUUCUGAAAGGAAAGCUGGAGGAGCACUUUAAAAAUCAGGAACUCAGGCAAGCCAAAAGACAGGAUGAAGAUUAUGAUGAGCAAGUUGAAGAAACGUUACAAGAUGAGGAUGAGAAUGAUGUGUACAUUCUUACCAAGGUGUCAGACAUUUUGCAUGCAGUAUUCAGCAGUUACAAGGAGAAGAUUCUUCCCUGGUUUGAGCAGCUUCUUCAACUUAUAGUCAAUCUUAUUUGCCCACACAGACCCUGGGCAGACAGGCAAUGGGGUUUGUGCAUUUUUGAUGAUGUGGUUGAGCACUGCAGUCCCUCUUCAUUCAAGUAUGCAGAGUACUUCUUGAGACCGAUGAUUCAGUCUCUCUGUGACACCAGCCCUGAGGUGCGGCAGGCAGCUGCAUAUGGCAUCGGAGUCAUGGCCCAGUUUGGAGGAGAGAACUACAGGCCCUUCUGUACAGAAGCAAUUCCCCUCCUGAUUAGUGUGAUACAAGCUGCAGAUUCCAGAGCAAAAGAGAAUGUUAAUGCAACAGAGAACUGCAUCUCUGCUGUUGGCAAGAUCAUGAGGUAUCGACCAGAAUGCAUUAACGUCAACGAGGUCCUUCCUCAUUGGGUCUCAUGGUUACCACUCAAUGAAGACAAAGAAGAGGCUGUACACACAUUUAAUUAUCUGUGUGACCUUAUUGAAAGCAACAACCCUGUUGUUCUUGGACCUGACAAUACAAACCUACCUAAAAUUUUCAUCAUCAUUGCUGAGGGGGUUGCUAACGAAUCUAUCAAAAGCGACGAUGAUUGCAGCAAGAGACUGGCGAACGUUAUCCGCCAAGUACAAGUCUCUGGAGGACUUUGGACGCAGUGUGUAUCAGCCCUUAAUGAAAUUCACCAAAAGGCCAUUCAGGAUCUCCUCAAUGCAGCAUGAGUGAAGCUUUAUCCCUUGAAACCUGUCUACUCAGCCAUCUUAUGAAAGAACUCUUUCAUUUGGAAGUCCUCUUUAGAACCCUACCCCAUACCACUUUGCGUGAAGAACUGUAGCAUGACUUGAUUAUAGGACUGAGUUCAAACCCUCCCCCCACCCCCCGCCCAUGGGCCUAUUGUCCAGCUUCCCAAAAAAUCUUCUAAGAAGAAUCCUUGGGCUCAUCUGAGAGAAAGUGGGGAAAGUGAGGUCAGCAGUCGUUGCCAUUAGAUGUUAAAGUAUUUCCAAUAUAGGAACUAUAGUCCUCUGUUUGAGGUAGUUCAGUCAUGUUAUCACAGCUCAAUGUCUGUUAAUCUAACACAGAGUUUGAUCUCUCUCUGAAACAAGCUUGCUUGUUGCACCUGGGUGACUCAAUAGUCAGUGACUAGUGUUGUUGUUUUUGUUUUCUGUUUUUUUUUUUGGUUGUCUUUUUUGUUUUCCAAUUUUCUUUAAUAUGGAUUGCAAUGGAUAGAAGUGAGGGGCGGUAUCUGUUUGCUCCACUAUGCAGAUGUGUCCUAACAGUAUGUCCUGUCACUAGUCCACUCACUCCAUGGUAUAAAAAUAAAACAUUAUAGAUAAGG